CCAGAGCAGACGAGAUGAAGCCGCCGCCGAUCUCCUAGAGCGGUGGAUCGCCACUUCCGGCUCCGGUGGUGCCGCCAUUUUGCCGUGAGACAGCAGGGAGCGGGGCCGCCGCGAUGUUGUCCACCGCUGCUUACGUCGACUUCGGGCCCGAGAUGGGCUACGGGCUCGGCGCGCCCGUCCAGAACCGCUUUUCUCCCUACACCUUUAACGGAGGGACUGUGUUGGCCAUUGCUGGAGAAGACUUUUCUCUUGUUGCCUCUGACACACGUCUGAGCGAAGGUUAUGCAAUUCACUGCCGGGACAGUCCAAAAUGCUACAAACUAACAGAACGAACGGUCAUUGGAUGCAGUGGUUUCCAUGGUGACUGCCUUACUCUCACUAAAAUUAUUGAAGCAAGAUUAAAGAUGUACAAGCAUUCCAACAACAAGACCAUGACUACUGGGGCUAUUGCAGCGAUGCUGUCUACAAUUCUGUAUUCUCGACGUUUCUUUCCUUACUAUGUUUACAACAUAAUUGGCGGACUUGAUGAAGAAGGGAAGGGAGCAGUGUAUAGCUUUGAUCCAGUGGGCUCAUACCAGAGAGAUUCUUUCAAAGCAGCUGGAUCAGCAAGUGCCAUGCUGCAACCCUUGCUUGAUAACCAGAUUGGCUUCAAGAACAUGCAAAAUGUGGAACAUUUACCUCUGACCCUGGAGAAGGCUUUGCAGCUGGUUAAAGAUGUCUUUAUUUCUGCUGCUGAGAGAGAUGUGUACACUGGGGAUGCGCUUAAGAUUUGCAUUGUGACAAAAGAUGGAAUCAAAGAGGAAACUGUCCAAUUACGAAAAGACUAAUUCAGUUCACUUAUAAACAUGUAAUCCGUGAUGUACAAUUUAUCUGUAUUAUGAAGACAUUUGUCCUAUUAAAUUUUUUCAAGAAGUUCAAAUACUUUAAUGCUGAGUAUUUUCAACCUUGUUAGAAGUGCCAGUGUUUUUUGGAAACCAGAGUGGUUCAUGGUAAGGAAGCGGCUAAAAGUUGCAAGUCAGUUUCAUUCAUUUCAUCUUAAUCUGUUGAUCAAUUUAAUUACAAUGUCAGUUUAAUCCCCUUUUUGCAAUCCCUUAUGCUACAACGUGGAGGAGUUUAAACUUACUAAAAUUUAGGUUCAUAGACUUUUCUGAUCAUUACUUCAGUUUAGCCUUGGUUUAGUGAGAAAAGCAUUUGUUGUGUUUGUGCUGCCUUCUCUGCACUUCACAGCUUGCUUUUCCUAUCCUCUCCUUUAUCUCUCUGACAUGCUGUCCUGGCAUUUGACCUCUCUGUACUUAUUUGCAGAGACUAUAAAUAUGAGUCACCUGAAACCAAUUUCUUUGUGUAAGAGGGAAGAAUGUUAAAUGGGAUCUUCCAAAGUUAAGUCAUGGACUCUGCAUCUGGGUUCACCUCUAUGUGUUUCUAUUUGGUUAAUGGCCAGAAUCUGAAGCAUCAUCCUUUUCUUACUGCUGAUGGAAAAUAACUUAGUAUGGAGAUUUCUGAAUGCCUGUUAAUGUCUGAGGGCUUUGAUAGCCCUACUGCUGCUUUUGAUUCUUGGGAAAUUGAAUGAAGUGUAGACUGAUGUGCUGUAUAGCACUCCUGGAAACUGGCUUGAGUACUAGGACCUUCAGAAAAGCAGAGCUGCAUCAUCAAGGGCAAAAUAGUCUCUUGCCCAGGCAUCUUUUACAGUCUGUAGCUGUUUAGAAAAGUACACGUAAAAUAUCUUGUUGCUUGAUGUGGCACACUUCUUUUUUGAAAGAGCAGUUUUGCUGAUGCAUUUGACUGUACAGUAACCUUCUCUCCUGUUUGGACGCGGCUGACUGCCUCCUGCGCAGCAUUUCAGGUGCUGUAUGUUUUCCCUCGCUCUGGCUCGUCUUCACCAGCGGUGGUGGUCUCCGGCUUUCUGUGGUGUUGGAGUAGCGGGUAGUGUUUUGAAAUUCGAUAGUCGAAAGCUGGUGCAUGUAAACUGAUGGUAGCUCCAACAGGCGCCAGUUCCCGAAGUGUCCCCUGGGUGCCACUGUUGGGCAGAGUAAGGAGGGAACGCCCCAGCCCUGGAUAGCUGGGCAGUAAGGAAAGAGCCCAGCGUCCCGGUCUGAAUGACACUUGUCACACCUGUCAGCACUUCCAGAUGGGUUCAGGUUACUUAACGCGAUGUUUGGCGUUAUUUUCAAAAGUCAUCUGAAGUAGACAAGGUUUUUAUGAAUGACUGUGUAGCUCUUCACUGUUUUGUACUGAGCAAACUGCACAUGGUGCAAUCAUUCUAAGAACAGAAAGCUUAUCUAUAUUUGAAGUACAAAUCAGCAAUAGCAAAUUAAAUUCAGGCUCUAUUACUUCUAUAAGACUCAAUUAAAGCAUUUUAAGUGCGGCUAUCUUUGAGAACAGAUUUAUGUUCAAUUGCUCAACUGUUUUGCAACAGAUUUUUACAGCUUUAGGCAAAGUUGGUGAAGUCUUGUGAAACUGGAUAGUACUUAAACUGCAAAGAAAAGCAGCUGAGGGUAACAAGUUGACAUGCCUGUGCUUGGGAAAGGUUUGUUUGCAGUAUGCAAGAUCUCCACAGUGAAGAGAAGGGCAAAUAACAAAGGGAACUAUAAUUCGUACCUGAAUGAAUUUAAUGCUCUUGCAGGAUGCCAAAUGUGUAGAAGAGUUGCACUGAUACAAUUAAAAAAAAUGGAUGCUUUUAUAUGUAAGGGUAAAUUUUACAUCCAAAAUAAAUGCACUGAUUCAAUUAAAAAAAA